AUGGAUGACACAAACGCUUUGUUUCACCAGUAUGAAAACGAGUACUGUAACAAGAGCACGGACAUUUCUCGGAAAAUCAACUCUGCAAUCACUCUCAGCGGAGAGACCAAGCGCAAGAAGCUGGUAGAAGUGGACGCAGACAUUAAAGAAGCCGACAACAUUAUCAAAAAAAUGGACAUGGAAGCUCGCUCUGUAGCUCCGGAACGGUCAAAGCAGCUCCAGAACAAGGUCAAGGAGUACAAAGCAGACCUUGCAUCUCUUAGAGAGCAGUUGACCAAGGCCAGGACAGCAGCCGGGAGCGAGUACGACGCCGCCCGAGCGGAGCUGUCCCAAAACAUUUCGCAGGGGCUGGGCAUCGACUACGCGUCCUCUUCCCAGGCGCAACGCGACCGCAUGCUGUCCGCCUCUGCUAAAUUGGAGCAGUCCAACGACCGGCUGCAAACCGGAAAGAAGUUGCUGGCCGAAACAGAGGAGCUGGGCAGCGGCAUCCUGGCUAACCUGGCCGCACAGCGCGAGGUCAUUAUCCACUCCCGCGACACGCUCCACGGCGCCGACGAUAACAUCAGCAAGGCGCGAAAGAUCUUGUCCAACAUGAGUCGCCGCAUGUUGCAGAACAAGCUUAUCAUGUUCGGUAUUAUCGGCUUCCUGCUGGCGGGUAUCAUCAUCAUCAUCUACUUCAAAGUCAAAUAAGGGUACCUAGACAGCCAAGUGAAGGGCAGGCGGGGGGCAGGCGCCGCUCCGGCGGUUGUGGCCUCGCUGUUUGUUGAGUAUCGCAGGUCUUCCUUUCCGGGCACUCGUCAAAGAGGACGGCGAUUGUGAGAAGAUUUCGAGAUGGAGUGGGCGGUGGAUGACAUGGAAGCCGAUGAGGCGUGAGUUUGAGUGGCGCAGCAAAGGCGCUCACGAAUGUCACGUCCACUACAGAUGACACUGUCUAGCUUGGCAGCUGGGCACACAUCCGGACGGACGACCUAACGAGACGAACGAGCUUUAAAAAAGAGAGUCUGGAAUCCAUGGUUAGAGCGGUCCACGGCAUCAGCGACGGCAACAUAAAUGGGGUCACGUGCACAUGCUUCCAGUUAGCGUCCUCCGGGGACCCCGCAAUUCAAUAAGUACCCUCUACAGACACGUUGGCGCCUGCUGGUAGGGCAUUGGCUGCGCUAGGGUGGAGCGAAAACGAUCUGCCGGGCCUGAAAGUUGCUGAAAAGGGAGGGAGAGGCUGUGCUGUAUCCUCGUAUGGGCACUGGGUGUACGAAUAUUUGAAAAGUGCUAGUGUAUAUGCCUGGCUUUGUUGGGUAUGGGUGUGCUUGGUAUAUCCGGCAAGGUUAUUGGGUGCUACUAGACUGUGCUGACAUUGGAUGUGAAGCGUACCUGGUGGUGGUCAUUACUGGCGCCUUCUUGUUCGCAGCCCCGUGAGGGGUGGCAUGGCGUUUAAGCAAUAUCUCGUUCUAACGGGAAGCUACACCCUGGAUAGCCUCACGGCAUGGCUGAUGGAACACCUAUGUAAAAGGGGGUGG